UUCUUCCCUCCAACUCCACAUUACACUUCCUAUAGCUUAAACUAUAAAUACCCAUAUCAUCUUAUUCCAUCCUCACAUCAAUCAAACAUUCACAUUUAGUAGAAAAGGAAAAACCAAGUGUGAAGAAAUGGCCAAUUCCAUCCUAAGUUUCUUCUUACUGGUUGCAGUAGUAACUGCAAUAGCCUCUCCUCACAUGAGCUUGGCUCACAAACCAAUCAACGGUGGCGGUUAUCUCUACCCACAGUUCUAUGACCAUUCUUGCCCAAACGCACUAGAGAUUGUGAAGCAUAUUGUGGCCAAGGCUGUUGCCAAGGACCCCCGAAUGGCUGCUUCUUUGCUUCGACUUCAUUUCCACGACUGCUUUGUCAAGGGUUGUGAUGCGUCGAUACUUCUAGACAGCACCGGUAGUCUAGUAAGCGAGAAAAUAUCUAACCCAAACAGGAACUCAAUUCGAGGUUUUGAGGUCGUGGAUGAAAUCAAAUAUGCUCUCGAAAAAGAGUGUCCCCACACCGUCUCUUGUGCCGACAUUUUGGCUAUAGCUGCCCGAGACUCAACCAUCUUAGCUGGAGGGCCAAGCUGGGAAGUGCCUUUGGGGAGAAGAGAUUCAAAAGGUGCAAGCUUGAGUGGUUCAAAUAACAACAUUCCUGCUCCUAACAACACCUUCCAAACCAUCCUCACCAAAUUCAAGCUCCAAGGCUUAAACAUAGUUGACAUGGUUGCCCUGUCGGGGAGUCACACCAUAGGAAACUCAAGGUGCACCAGUUUCAGGCAGAGGCUAUACAACCAGACCGGGAAUGGUCAGCCCGACUACUCGCUAGACCAGACUUUUGCGGCCCAAUUGAGAGGCAGGUGCCCGAGAUCUGGAGGAGACCAGAACUUGUUCUUCUUGGACCAUGUUUCGCCAUUUAAGUUUGACAACAGUUACUUCAAGAACUUGCUGGCAUACAAGGGACUCCUGAGCUCAGACCAAAUUCUCUUGACCAAGAGCGAACAGUCCAUGGAGCUGGUGAAGACUUAUGCUUAUAACAAUGACCUUUUCUUACACCAAUUUGCUCUGUCUAUGGUCAAGAUGGGAAACAUCUCUCCUUUGACAGGUCCAAAGGGAGAGAUCCGAAAGAAUUGCAGGAAAAUCAACACCUAUUGA